AUGUUAACAACACCAUUCAGUAUUCCUAGUCAUUGUAAUCAAAGUGUAUCAGCUGGCAAGUGUCGUGCUUCUCUUGCUUUUACAUAUGGUGUUGCAGACUAUACGAUUAAUUGUUACGAUUCAAAUGAAAAUGAACGUCAAUGUGGUACAUUAGCACAGCGAGGUUCAUGUGUUAUAUCGCAUAACAUAUUUCAAGAUAAAAUAGAUCGUUCGUGCGAUGACAAAAUGCUAAGCAGCCUAGUAUCCGUCAAUAUAAUUCAAUCGCCUAGUUCAGCCACCUUUAUUGUUUACUGUAAUCAAGCGUUAUGUAAUACAAAUUCAACAUUACAAAAAGUUAAAGAUAUUAUGUUCCAAUACAAUGUUACAGCAACAUCAGAUGGACGAUUAAUUGAUGUAGAAUAUGUUGGUAAUUAUGAAUCAAAAUUGAUGAUAUCUAUUCCACUCAUGAUAAUGAUAAUUUUUGGUCUUCUGUCAAAUUGA